AUGGGCCAUGUCGGAAGCAUCCCACCAGAAAUCGCAAAUCUUUCUUCUCUCGUUUCUUUAGACAUGAACGACAACUCAUUUCACGGCCCUCUUCCCGCUCAAGAUUCUUCGUGUUUCUUACAACGAGAUGUAUGGGAAAUACCAUCGAGUUUGGAGCAGUGUUCGCAGCUCGAGUUUCUUUCUUUGUACAACAACAAGUUUGAUGGAAUAGUGCCAAGGGAACUUGGGAACUUGACCAAGCUUCAAAUAUUGGACAUUGGUGCAAAUAAGUUGACAGGUGAUAUUCCAGAAGAUAUUGGUCGUCUAACUAAGUUACAAGGUUUAGGGUGCGAAAAAAAAAAAACUAAGUUACAAGGUUUGAGGUUGAAGUCCAACAAAUUAAAAGGUCCAUUGCCAGCAACUCUUUUCAGCAUGCCAUCCUUGCAAUAUGCUGACUUUUCUUACAAUGAACUAAGUGGACCAUUAUCACCACAAAUUGGAAACAUGACAUCCCUUUUCAGAAUAGACCUUGAAUCCAACCAUUUCAGUGGUACUAUCCCAAAGGAGAUUGGUCGUCUUCCUAAUUUCGAGCGAUUGAGCAUGUCUGGAAAUCAGAGUUUUCGACUACGUUUAUGA